GGCCAGCGAAUGGCCACAGGAUGGGAAUGAGGCAUGGGCCCCGCCCCAAUCUCCUGAGUCUAAUGCAGCUGCUCACCUUGUCCCCCAUCAGCUGCUGGGUUUCCCCCAGGAGGGAGUAGGUGACAGGGAGAGAGACACACACACAUUUGUCCUUUUGGUUGCAGGGCUUCUGUCCUUCCAAUCCCAUUGGUGGCUGCACAGUGGGCAGAGUCCUCGCUGCGUGCCCGGCCCAACAGAAUUGCAGGGCGUGGUGUGGAACACAGAAAGAGAUAGAGAGACUCAUCCUCCAGCCGGGUUCAAGACACCUGAAAGCUCCACAGCAGGGCAGCAUCCCCAGAGCGCAGCAGGGCGGGGUUAGGGGGAGCAGUCGGUAGCAGCACCUGCCCCUCGUACGCAGGAGUGAGAAGUGACAGCCUCUCUGCACAGAGCAGCAGCGUUCAGCCUGGGCCAGACGUGCUGCGGUGAUGGGUAAGAGUGGGCUCGGAGAGCCAGAGGGUCUGUGGGGCAGCACUGGGCCCUUCUGCUCCGCACGAGGGCCGGGUGGGCGUGUUCAGCUGGGAUUGGAACCCACCAUCACUUGUGGGUGUGAAUGUGGGGCUGGAACGCAAUGUGGGGCGCUCCCACCUUGCCCGGGGGCAACUGGGGGGAAGGGCAGAGAGACACCUGGGCUGAGACCCCAGCUCCAGGGAGACAGUCACCCCAGCCCAGCUGGGUCAAAUUGCCCAGCUGUGUGACAGCCCCCCCAUCCCCGAGGGGUUCCCCCCCCCAGUAUGUCACAGCAGGGUAAUGUGCGUACUGAACGGCAGGGGUUGCCAGUGUGGAAGCAGAGAAAAGAACUGACAGAAGGGAACUGCAAUGCAUGAUGGUUGUUAGCAAGAGUCAGGCUUCGUUAGCAAGAGACAGUCUUUGUUAGCAAGAGUCAAGCUAGCUGUGACCCUGAUAACCCUGAUAACGCGAGAUUUGUAGAAGCGAGGAUUGUGUGAGGAUUGUGUGAGACGGGUGAGAAAGAGCUGUGUAAGAAGUCAUUGUGACCUCAGUAUAGAUAAGGUGUAGAAGACCUUGUGUAGAUAAGGUAUAGAAACUAAUUGUAUGUAGGCAAGAGUCAAAACAAGUAAGGAAAUGAGAUAUCAAGAUGGCCUAUGUAUAAACAAAAUGCAGCUGUCCCUCAUUAUUUCUGUAAUGAAAGGUAUAAAUGCUUGCUGUAAUUAGUUACCAGGGAGAGACCUACUUGCUCUCUCCUCUGCACAUGUGAGAGUUAAUAAAGCGUCUGACUUGCUGCACCUAAACAAAAACAGUGAGAACUCAGUUUUUCUCCGACAAUUUGGGGGCUCGUCCGGGAUGGCAACGCCCACUGAGGCAACGGCAGCUGCUACGGAUCGUUCCCCUUCGAACCCCAUGGCGCCACAAUAGAGGUAAGAGACCUUUUGAAAUCUCUAUUGGGGUGUCGGAGGAGGACUGUCCGUGGGGCCGUCUGCCCCUGUUGGGCUCACGCCAUCCGAACUUAUUGACUGUGCAGCAAGGUCAGAUGCUGAGCGGCGUAACAGGGGAAUUGUUUGCCGCCCCCUGUAAGCAUAUGCUAGGUGCAUAGGGUUUGCACCUGUAUUGAGGAGUUGUUACUGCCUCAAGAGGGGUUUUUACCGCCUCAAGUGAUGCAUCAAGGUACUUGGGAAUAGUACCUGGAGGUACUCAGGAGUAGUACCUGGUAGAAGGCCUUGGUAUGUUGAGUGUGUGUGUGUGUGUGUACACAGUGUGAAUUGAGUGUUACCGGAAGACGCCCAGAGUACUCUGCAAAGUCUUUUGGCUCGUGACCAGAACUACUCUAACGCAAGCCCGGUAACUAGAGGAUCUUUUAGGAGAUCCGACCCAUGUAGGUUGACUCGGCCUGGCAUCGUCCGGCGAGGAGGCUACCUGGGUCUAGGAGUGUGUGCACCCAUCUUCCCUCCCCUUUUCCUCUCCGUGUGAGCCACUGACAGUCUGACCAUCUCACUGGAUGCAACAGAGUAAGCGGCGCUUUCUCUCUGAGAUUAGCCGACGCUCUUUGCUGAAGGGAGGUGUAGGGGGUCAUGGCUAUCCUCGUUAGUCACUCCUGUGUGAAUACCCUGUAGGGAGAGAUCCUUAGUUUAUGAGCCGCUAGCGCGGACAGGGCAUCCUUCCCCCUUUGAGUGUGUGAUUGGAAAAUGGGUGGGGGACAGUCUAAGUCUUCCCUCUCACCCCCUAAGGGUACCCCAGCUUAUUUCAUGUACGUACAUUAUGGCCCGAAAACCUGCAGGUAUUUAGAUAAUUGGAAUCUUUACACGCGUGCAAAUCCAUCUAAACAAUGUCCACUAGAAGGUACCUUUGAUUUAGACAAACUUAAAUACCUUAAAGAAACUCUGGCUUCACCAAAAGCCUCUGAUACACAGUGGGAGCAAUUUGUCUGUUGGUGGGAGGAAGCAACAAAGAGACUCCACGAGUCUCGAGUGCGGAGUCUAAAGGACUCCCAGGAAAAGUUAAAAGCCCAAGUGCAACAUUUACAGCUUAAAUGCAAGGCAUCCAGCUGUUUAACCCCUAGAGCGAUUCCUUCUGCUCCUAUGUAUCCUAAUCCUGUUCAAGCAAUUCCUUCUGCUCCCCUUUAUCCCCAAUUAGUUAGAUCUGACAGUGAGGAGGAAACUGCUGAGGAUAUUUUAGAUUUCUUCAGUAACAUUCAGCAGCAGCAGCAGCCCGUGCUGCCUCCUCCCCCUGCACAGCCUGGGUCUGCUAACGAAUCUCACCCGGCAGUGCCAGUUUCACCACCGCAUGUAUCAGCUGCACACAUUGUUCUCUCUUCCCCUGAGAGAGAAGCCUCCUCUUCACCACAAAGAGGUGAUUCUGAGCCUCCCAGUAGCUCCCCUGAUUCUAAUCCUUCUGAGGAAAGUACCCGUUAUCUUACUAGAAGUGUGGCACAUGCACUCCAGGUUCCUUUAAGAGGCCUGGAACUAUUUCUCAAAUGCGUACUGUUCUUGGCAUGACUGGGUACUGUAGACCAUGGAUUUUAGGCUAUGCAACAAUGAUUAAACCCUUACAGGAUCUGACUAAGUCAGGUACCCCUGAGCCUCUUCCUUGGUCUCCAGAGGCUGAACAAGCUUUUGUUGCUAUCAAGCAAAGUCUGUCCAGUGCACCAGCCCUGGGACUUCCUGAUUAUGCUAAACCAUUCACUCUUUUCUGUCAUGAGCGUAAUGGGUUUGCUUUGGCUGUAUUAACGCAAAGGCACGGAGACAAACACCGUCCCAUUGCUUAUUACAGUACUGCCCUAGACGCUGUGGCAGCUGGAUUUCCCCCUUGCCUGCGUGCUGUAGCUGCAGCAGCUCUUGCUGUUCAGGUAUCUGAAUCUAUUGUCUUAGGAUCUCCUUUGAUUGUUGCUGUUCCUCAUGCUGUGGCUGCUCUCUUGUUAAAAUCUAAGACACAGCAUCUAUCCACUUCUCGUCUUACAAAAUAUGAGCUUGUCUUGUUGUCUUCAUCUCAUAUUACUUUGGCUCGUUGCCCUGUUCUAAAUCCUGCCUCCUUGUUGCCUGGGCCCAAAGACGGAGACCCACAUGACUGUGUGUCUGUGACAUCGGUUCUCUCUCAUCCAAGAGAUGAUUUACUAGAUGUGCCUUUGCAAAAUCCUGAUCUUAUUUACUUUGUAGAUGGUUCGUGCUUGCGAGAUUCUAAGGGCAAAUUGGUUGCUGGUUAUGCUGUGUGUUCUGCACAUGCUGUUAUUGAAAGUGCUUUCCUUCCUUCUGUGUUUUCUGCUCAAGUGGCCGAACUUGUGGCUUUAACUCGAGCCUGCAUUCUCGCUCAGGAUCAAGCAGUUACAAUCUAUACAGACUCUCGUUAUGCUUUUGGAGUGGUACAUGAUUAUGGGUUGCUCUGGAAGUAUAGAGGUUUUCUUACAUCCACUGGUUCUCCUAUUAAGAACAGUCUGUAUGUCUCUGCUCUUUUAGAUGCUCUUUUAGUGCCCAAAGCUAUAGCUGUCGUGAAAUGUACAGCUCACCAGACCCCUCGUGAUGAAGUUACCCGUGGAAAUGCUUUGGCAGACUCUGCAGCCAAAGCAGCGGCCCUUUCUGCACCUCAGGCUGAAUAUACUUGUGCUUUGAUUGAACAGCCUCCACUAGCCUCCCUUGAGGAUCUGGCCAAGAUCCAGGAAGCUGCACCGGCAGCUGAGAAACGUUUUUGGAGUGCUAAUGGCUGUAUUCUACACCCUGAUCAUCUUUGGCAUGCCCCAGCUGGUCGCCUGGUUGCACCGAAGAUGCUAAUGCCCUAUCUUGCUCGUGUAUACCACGGAAUGGCUCACGUGAGCAAAGGGGGGAUGGUUGCUGCGGUUAACCGAGAUUGGUGUGCGUUCGGGUUCCCAGUCAUUGCACAUCACUACUGUCAACAAUGUGUGAUUUGUCAGCAGCAUAACAUUGGUAAAGCUGUUAAAGUUAGGCAGGCAGCUCACCCUCCCCCUUGGGGACCUUUUGUAAAUAUUCAGAUUGAUUUUAUUCAACUGUCUAAAUGUUGUGGCUAUGAAUAUGUAUUGGUUUUGGUGGAUGUAUUUUCAAAUUGGGUUGAAGCUUUUCCCUGCAGGAAAGCAGAUGCCAGGACUGUUGUGAAACUUCUGCUUAAAGAUUUUGUACCACGAUUUGGCAUCCCUGUGAGUAUCAACAGUGACCGUGGAACUCAUUUUACCGGACAGAUUGUAAAGGAGUUAUGUGCAGCUUUGCAGACUCAACACAACCUUCACUGUCCCCACCAUCCGCAGUCUGCUGGGACAGUGGAACGCCAGAAUGGAAUUCUGAAAAAUAAACUGGCCAAGAUUUGUGCUGAAACAAACUUGAAGUGGCCAGAUGCCCUUCCUCUGGCACUAAUGAGUAUGAGGGCCACUCCCAAUCGAAAGACUGGACUCAGCCCUCAUGAGAUUCUGACAGGGCGCCCGAUGAGACUACCAACUGCGCCCCCACUGACCCUAGCUCAGAUGGACAUUCAUUUAAUGGAUGACACAAUGCUUAAGUAUUGUCAGGCACUAAUGAAAUGUGUUAAGUCUUUCUAUACACAGGUGAAAGAAGCACUACCCAAGGAUCCUGUGCAGCCCUGCCACUCGCUGGAACCAGGAGACUGGGUCUACAUAAAGGUCCAUCAGCGAAAGACUGCCUUGGCUCCACGCUGGAAAGGCCCUUUCCAAGUCCUGUUAACCACUAACACUGCUGUGAAGUGCCAAGGACUGCCCACCUGGACCCAUGCUUCGCACUGCAAAAAGCCCCCUCCGCCUGGAGAGGAUUCUCCAGCUGCUGAUCAGCCUAUUUCUCCUGCUAACUCUGCUGUGCCUCCUGGACAGCAGGGAAAGAGGACAAGGUGAAGUGCUAGUAACCUCUCCCUUGUCCACUGACAGAUCUACUGUGCCUUUGAAUUCUUUUACAGGAACCACACCAGUACAGGGUGAAGUGCUAGUAACCUCUCCCCUGCACUGUGGUGAAUCACAACUGUUUUUGAAGAAGAAAAGAAGAAACACUCGCUCUGCUGAAACCACCAAAGUCCAGAACUUUCUAACUACAAAAGACAUUAAGAACUGGCCCUGGUGGAAGAAACGAAGUAUUGUUUAUUGGCAAGGAGGGAACUGUGGGGAACGUUCCUGGGAAUGUGGGGUCCAGUGGUGGGGUGGAUUCUUUCCAGGAUCAGGGCUUUGUGCUUAUGGACAGGUACCUUCAGGAUGCACUGCCCUCCCUAAUUGGCUUUCAGAUGAUAAAUAUCAAAAACACCUUGCCACUACAAAGACUACACCUACCACUAGUCCCUUGACCCUUGCCACCACCACUGUAACUUAUCCAGAUACAAACAGUACUACACAUUCCAAUGAUGAGAAAUUGGGCCAACUAGAGAAGGCCAUAGGCCUUGUUUCUGGAGCACAACUAACCCAGGUACAGGCUGGAGUUGGUGAGUUACAUGUUAUCUCUGCCCUUAGUUCUAUGACCCAGAAGUUACUGACAGAGAUGGUAUUGAAUAUCACUGAGGCUGGGAAGGCAUUGCAGUGGGAUCUAGCAUGCUCAGAGAUUCAGGAUUUCUUGAAUGACCAGCUAAUGGCCAUUCGGAAUGAUCUAGAGCACCAGGCUUGGCCCACUGCCCUUACAGACACGUCAGGAGUGCCAUCUGACCUGUGGCCAUGGAGACAUACUUGGAAACUUUCUGGGUGGAAGUGUGGAUGUUCUCAGUGCUCCUUCCAAGCAUAUGGACCGGUACAGGGGGUGUGGGCUCCCACAUACCGUAUCCUGCCAGGUCCAUGGGGAGGAUGCAUAUGGGAUUGGGUAAUUCAUCGAGACAUCUGGGAAAUCAGACCACCUGGUAUGCCCAAUCGAUUUUUAGUUAGUGCUCCUAGGAUUACACCUGACAUUUGGAUGGGGUUAGGUAACCUGUGGACAUUCUGGCCAUUAGAACCCCCGCAGCUUCAGUGUACACGUAAACUGAAGCCAGGAGAAGUUGUCACUGUCUAUGACUAUGUUUGCUGGGAGGGUAGGGGACAAGGAACUACCCUGACAGGACACUUACUCUUCCAAGCUAAUGAUAGCUGUGUGUAUGUUAAUGACACCAUAUCACAAGACAUACAUUUUAAUCUCACUACCACUGCAGGCAAUCAUAUCAUUUACUGGCCUGCAGAUAGAGUUUUUCAAGUAGCCCUUAGGUUCCAGAUACCCUUUAAUUGGACUAGCUUACUAUCUGAUAGAUUUCAAAAUUUGCUUUCAUUGUUACCUGAGAUUCAGAAAAUCUCUGAGGUACAAGGGCAAAUUCACAUGCUUCAAAAUGUAUAUCAAGUAGAAAAGUAUGCCUUUCACACUGCUUAUAGAGUAUCUACCUUAUGUACUAAAUAUGAUGUAUUGUGCUUUAUGACAAAGGCUGUACAACAACCCCAUUAUAGUAUUGCUAGGGGAAUGUUAUUGCUUGUAUUGUUAUUAGUUAGUUUAGGAUUAUGUUAUUGUUGUUGUAAAAGACGUAAUAAUAGUAAUAUCUUUCAUGUUCAUGCUAAUCAUGCAUUAUCAUUGCAUCCAAUCAAAACCCCUAAGGUUGAAGCAUCUAAUUUAGAAUCUGAAGUCCAGGACUUGAUGCAAAUAGAGAUUUGAGAAUGUUUGUUGUACUAGAAGUACAAAAGGGGGGGUUGUGGAAGCAGAGAAAAGAACUGACAGAAGGGAACUGCAAUGCAUGAUGGUUGUUAGCAAGAGUAAGGCUUCGUUAGCAAGAGACAGUCUUUGUUAGCAAGAGUCAAGCUAGCUGUGACCCUGAUAACCCUGAUAACGCGAGAUUUGUAGAAGCGAGGAUUGUGUGAGGAUUGUGUGAGGAUUGUGUGAGACGGGUGAGAAAGAGCUGUGUAAGAAGUCAUUGUGACCUCAGUAUAGAUAAGGUGUAGAAGACCUUGUGUAGAUAAGGUAUAGAAACUAAUUGUAUGUAGGCAAGAGUCAAAACAAGUAAGGAAAUGAGAUAUCAAGAUGGCCUAUGUAUAAACAAAAUGCAGCUGUCCCUCAUUAUUUCUGUAAUGAAAGGUAUAAAUGCUUGCUGUAAUUAGUUACCAGGGAGAGACCUACUUGCUCUCUCCUCUGCACAUGUGAGAGUUAAUAAAGCGUCUGACUUGCUGCACCUAAACAAAAACAGUGAGAACUCAGU